CGGGAAGGAGCGGGAUUUCCUCCCGCCGCCUCCGGGCCGGGACCGCCUCGCCCGCCUCAGGCAGCGAGUGGUUCGGCCGGCAGAGGCGCCGGGUCAUCGCUCGCUCGCCGGCCCCGUUGGCGGCAACGAGAUCCGCCGGGCCUGAAUUCGGUGCCCGCCGUGGGAUCGGAGCAGGUCGGGACGGCAGAGCCUGCGGGUGCUGGGAAGGCCCCGGCGCUGGAAGCUGGAAGUGCCGGGCGUACCGCCCCUAGCCUGGAUUGUUUUUAUUGAUUGCUUGUCAUGGCAACAGGAGGUGGUCCCUUUGAAGAAGGCAUGAAUGAUCAGGACUUGCCCAGUUGGAGCAAUGAGAGCCUUGAUGACCGGCUGAACAACACGGACUGGGGAAGUCAACAGAAGAAAGCAAACAGAUCUUCAGAAAAAAACAAGAAAAAGCUUAGUGGGGAAGGUGAAACGAGACUUACUAAUGAAAUAUCUCCAGAAUCUUCACCUGGAAUGGAACGACAGAAGACCAGAACUUCUCAUAGUUUUCCUCAUGCUCGAUACAUGACUCAGAUGUCCGUUCCAGAGCAGGCUGAACUAGAAAGGCUUAAACAAAGAAUAAACUUCAGUGAUCUGGAUCAGAGAAGCAUUGGAAGUGAUUCUCAAGGCAGGGCAACGGCUGCUAACAACAAACGUCAACUUAAUGAAAACAAAAAACCAUUCAACUUCCUGUCACUGCAGAUUAACACUAACAAAAGCAAAGAUCCUGCCUCAGGUUCCCAGAAAAAGGAAAGUGGGGUAUCAGCACAAUGUAAAGAACUGUUUGGAGCUGCUCUAAGCAAGGAUUUCUUGCAAAAUUGCCAAGUGCCUGCUCAAGAAGAUGGAAGGGGAGAACAAGCAAUGGAUAGUAGCCAGAUUGUGAGCAGACUAGUUCAAAUUCGCGACUAUAUUGCUAAGGCCAGCUCCAUGCGGGAUGAUCUUGUAGAGAAAAAUGAAAGAUCGGCCAAUGUUGAGCGUUUAUCACACCUUAUAGAUGACCUUAAAGAGCAGGAGAAAUCCUAUCUGAAAUUUUUGCAAAAGAUGCUUGCCAGAGAUCCUCAACAGGAAGCUAAAGAGGAGUUGGAGAACUUGAAAAAGCAGCAUGAUUUAUUGAAAAGGAUGCUACAACAGCAGGAGCAAUUAAAGGCUCUUCAAGGAAGACAGGCAGCUCUUCUUGCUUUGCAGCAUAAAGCAGAGCAAGCCAUUGCUGUCCUGGAUGAUUCUGUUGUAACAGAAACUACAGGUAGUGUUUCAGGAGUAAGUCUUACAUCAGAACUGAAUGAAGAAUUGAAUGACUUAAUUCAACGCUUUCACAACCAACUUCAUGAUUCUCAGACACAGUCUGUGCCUGACAAUAGAAGGCAAGCAGAAAGUCUUUCACUUACCAGAGAGAUUUCACAAAGCAGAAACUCUUCAAUGUCUGAACACCAGUCAGAUGAGAAGGCACAGCUUUUUAACAAGAUGCGAAUGUUGCAGGGUAAAAAGCAGAAAAUGGACAAACUAUUAGGAGAACUUCAUACACUUCGUGACCAACAUCUAAAUAACUCUUCCUUUUUUCCUGCUUCAAGUUCUCCUCAAAGGAGUAUUGAUCAAAGAAGUACAACUUCAGCUGCUUCUGGUCCUAUAGGCAUAGUAACUGUUGUCAACGGUGAAUCAAAUAGUCUGGCAUCUGCUCCCUAUCCUCCUGAUUCCCUGGUUUCUCAAAAUGAGAGUGAAGAGGAUGAAAAUCUAAAUCCAACAGAAAAGCUUCAGAAGCUAAAUGAAGUUCGUAAGAGGCUGAAUGAGUUACGCGAGUUAGUUCACUACUAUGAGCAAACAUCUGAUAUGAUGACAGAUGCUGUGAAUGAAAACACUAAGGAGGAGGAGGAAGAAACAGAAGAAUCAGAAAGUGAUUCUGAACAUGAGGAUCCACAGCCUGUUACAAAUAUUAGAAACCCUCAAGGAAUCAGUAGCUGGAGUGAAAUAAAUAGCAACUCAAAUGUACAGUGUGGAGCUAAUAACAGAGAUGGAAGACAUCUUAAUACAGACUGUGAAAUAAACAACCGAUCUGCUGCUAAUAUAAGGACUCUAAAAAUGUCUUCUGCUUUAGACUGUCAUAAUAGGGAGAAUGACAAACACCUUGAUCUACCCCAAGGUCAAGAUGAUGAAGUGGAAGAAGAUAGAGUUAGUGAAGAUUCCAUAUCUAGUCACAGAAGCAGCCUGGGUGAUGUUGCUGGAGAUGCUGAGUUUGAGCAGAAGAUCAAUAGGCUUAUAGCUGCAAAACAGAAGCUUAGACAGUUACAAAACCUUGCUGCUAUGGUGCAGGAUGAUGAUCCAGAACCUCAAGGAACAAUUGCAAAUGCAUCUAAUAUUGGUGACUUGUUGGGUGAGAUGGAAGAGACAAAGCAACAACCAAACAAUGUGCGAGCUAGUUCUAACAAGUUAAAAAAGGAUGUGCGACUAAACGAAAAAGCAAGAGAGAAGUUCUAUGAAGCUAAACUUCAGCAGCAGCAAUGGGAGCUUAAGCAGUUACAAGAAGAAAGAAGAAAACUGAUUGAAAUCCAGGAAAAAAUUCAAGUGUUACAGAAAGCUUGUCCUGACCUUCAAUUGUCAGCUGGCCUGGGUAACUGCCCAGCAAAUAGACAGACUUCACAAGCAACAUCAUCUCCAGCCAUGAAUGAGUGUAACACAGCUGGCAAGCCUUUAGUUGAGUGUGAUGAAUCCGUACCAGUAGGCAAUGAGUUAUGGUCUGAAAUGAGAAGACAUGAGAUUUUAAGAGAAGAAUUGCGACAGAGAAGAAAGCAACUUGAAGCUUUAAUGGCUGAGGAUCAGAGAAGGAGAGAGCUCGCAGAAACAAUAUCUACUGUUGCUGCGUCUGUUAAAAGUGAAGGGUCAGAAGCUCAGUGUACUCCACAGCAGAGCAGGACUGAAAAGACAAUGGCUACCUGGGGAGGUUCUACCCAGUGUGCUCUAGAGGAAGAAAAUGGCGAUGAAGACGGUUAUCUCUCUGAUGGAGUUGGUCAGGCCGAAGAAGAGGAAGAAGACGCAUCAAGUUUGAAUGACAGUUUCUCUGUUUAUCCCAAUAACAACGUACCAGAAAAUACCUAUUUUGUUAAAGAAAACAAAGAUAGGUGGAAAAACUGCCGUCCUCUUUCAGCAGAUGGGAAUUAUCGACCAGUGUCUAAGGCCAGGCAACAGCAAAACAUAAGUAUGCGGCGUCAGGAAAAUUUUCGGUGGAUGUCUGAGCUUUCAUAUGUGGAAGAAAAGGAACAAUGGCAAGAGCAGAUCAAUCAGUUGAAGAAACAGCAUGAAUUUAGUGUCAGCAUUUGUCAAACUUUGAUGCAGGAUCAGCAGACUCUCUCUUGCCUUCUACAGACUUUGCUUACGGGCCCUUACAGUAUGAUGCCCAAUAACGUUGCAUCUUCACAAAUACAUCUCAUUAUGCAUCAGUUAAACCAGUGUUACACUCAACUGACUUGGCAGCAGAAUAAUGUCCAAAGGUUGAAACAAAUGUUAAGUGAUGUUAUGCGGCAACAAGAACAACAGUGUCAAGAGAAACCAUCGAGAAAGGAGAGAGGCAGUAAUGCACCACCACCUCCAUCUCCUGUUUUCUGUCCAUUCAACUUCCCUCCACAGCCUGUGAACCUCUUUAGUGUUCCAGGAUUUACUAAUUUUUCUUCCUUUGCUCCAGGUAUUAAUUGUAAUCCAGUGUUCCCAUCUGGUUUUGGAGAUUUUGCACACAAUAUUUCUCCACACAGUAGUGAGCAGCAGGAGCAACAACAUCCUCUAGAUCACAAUACUUCUGGGAAAACUGAGUAUAUGGCAUUCCCCAAACCCUUUGAAAGCAGUUCCUCUAAUGGAGCAGAAAAACAAAGAAGGAGUCACAGACAACCUGAAGAGGAAUUGGAAAAAAGAUCAACUUGGCUUAAUGAUAGCCAAGAAAUGAAAAAAGGUGAUCAGUCUCAGCUGAAAGCAGGUUUUGCAGUUUCAGUACAAAACAUUGCUUCUGGUCAUAAAAAUCAGUCUGAUAUGAACCGGAGAAGAGAGUUUGAUGAAGAGUCUUUGGAGAGUUUCAGUAGCAUGCCUGAUCCAAUAGACCCAACUACUGUGACAAAGACAUUUAGAUCCAGAAAAGCAUCAGCGCAAGCAAGCCUGGCAUCAAAAGAUAAAACACCCAAAUCAAAGAAUAAAAGGAAGACUUCUUCUCAGCUAAAAGGCAGAGUUAAAAAUACUGGUUAUGAAAGUGCAAGUGCUUCUAGUGUGUGUGAACCCUGCAAGAACAAUAAAAGCAGACACUCUGAUGAUGUGGUUCAUGCAAAGGUGUUCAGCAAAAGGAAUCAGGAACAAUUGGAAAAAAUAAUUAAAUACAGUAGAUCUACAGAAAUGUCUUCCGCGCAUGCUAGGAGAAUUCUGCAGCAGUCUAACAGAAAUGCAUGCAUUGAAGCGCCAGAAACUGGUAGUGAUCUUUCUAUGUUUGAGGCUUUGCGAGACACAAUUUAUUCUGAAGUGGCAACUCUUAUUUCUCAAAAUGAGUCUCGUCCCCACUUUCUUAUUGAACUUUUCCAUGCGCUUCAGCUGCUAAAUACAGAUUAUCUGAGGCAAAGGGCUCUUUAUGCUUUACAGGAUAUAGUGACCAGACAUUUAUCUGAGAAAAAUGAAAAAGGGAAGUCUGCAAAAUCACUGAAUUCUGCAACAUGGGUGGCAUCAAAUUCUGAGCUCACUCCCAGUGAAAGCCUUGCCUCUACAGAUGAUGAAACUUUUGGCAAGAACUUUUCUACAGAAGCAUGUCAAGAUUGUGAACAACAUGAUGCAGACAAUGGGAGUACUAUGUCUACAUCUUCGAAUUUUGAACCCUUUGCCACUGAUGACCUUGGCAACACAGUGAUUCACUUAGAUAAAGCUUUGUCUUGGAUGAGGGAAUAUGAGCGUAUGAAAGUUGAAGCUGAAAGUACCCUUGACUCUGAGGGCUGCUCUAGUAAUUUUCAGGGUGCUUCUACUGCUAAAUUAGAAGGUCCAGGUACUGGUGAGUGUCAGUCUGUGCUGCAGUCAGGUGAUGUUUCUGCAGUUCCAUGUCCUCGUAUAGAUACUCAGCAGCUUGACCGGCAGAUUAAAGCAAUUAUGAAAGAGGUCAUUCCUUUUCUGAAGGAACACAUGGAUGAAGUAUGCUCUUCUCAAUUACUGACAUCAGUAAGACGUAUGGUCUUAACUCUUACGCAACAAAAUGAUGAAAGUAAAGAAUUUGUGAAGUUCUUUCAUAAGCAGCUUGGCAGUAUACUUCAGGAUUCACUGGCAAAAUUUGCUGGUAGAAAAUUAAAAGACUGUGGGGAGGAUCUUCUUGUGGAGAUCUCUGAAGUGUUAUUUAAUGAAUUAGCCUUUUUUAAACUCAUGCAAGACUUGGACAACAACAGUAUUUCUGUAAAGCAGAGAUGUAAACGAAAAAUAGAAACUACUGAAGUAAUACAGUCUUAUGCUAAAGAGGCAAAAAAAGGUCUCCAGGUGGAUGUUUGUUCAUCUGUUGAAGAUGUCGAUGAGGACAAAGACAAGGAUGAGACUGAAACUGCUAAACAAGUACCGGACUCAGAAAUGUGUGCAGGUAAUGGAGUGCCUGAAAGUAUUAGGUCUGAUGCAUCUGAUCAAGAGGAAGAUGAGGAAAGUGAAAGCGGUCCGGUGGCAAUAAGUUUAUCAAAAGCAGAAACCCAAGCUCUGACUAACUAUGGCAGUGGAGAAGAUGAGAAUGAAGAUGAAGAAAUAGAAUUUGAGGAAGGACCUGUUGAUGUGCAAACAUCACUACAAGCCAACAGUGAAACAACAACUGAAAAUGAACAGACUUCAAACCAAGAAUUGAGUAAGGCAAAAAGCAGUGAGAUUUUGUCAUCAGAACAAGAAUCUGUUAAUGUUAAAGGUGAACAAGAUGUGGCUACAAUUGUGCCUCAUUACCUCAGUGUCAUGGAGAAUACACCAGCUUUAACAGUCAAUACCCCAGAAUCCUUUGUAACAGCCACUGUGAAAACAGAAGAAUCAAGCUCACCUUUAGCAGUGAAUGAAACUCAAACACCAGAUACCACGUGUGCAGAAAACAAAUCUGGUGCAAGUUCUGAAAGCUCCAUGGCUGGCAGCCCUGAUACAGAGUCACCUGUGCUAGUGAAUGAAUAUGAACCUGGUUCUGGAAACGUAAGUCAAAAAUCUGAUGAAGAUGACUUUGUGAAAGUUGAAGACUUGCCUCUCAAACUUGCUGUGUAUUCAGAGACAGACUUAAUGAAGAAAAUGGAAACGGAGGCUCAAACCAACAGCUUGUCUGAUGAAUUACUGGAUGGAGGUGGAGCUCAAGAUCAAGAAUUAGUAGGAGAUGGCCAAACAUUGAAAGAACCUGAAACUUUUGGAGCUCAAAAUGCAUAAGAAUAACCUGAAGAUAUCUGCAUUUAUAAAUUCUGUGUAUACAAAUGCAUAUGGAAGAUCAGCAGUAAUUUCCCAGAAUUCUGGAAGUGUAUAAAAAUGUAAAAUUUUUAACACACUGCCUCUUAGGGAUAGGUAUGUGAUCUUCUGCCUGUGGCAGUUUAAACAGCUGGAACUGAAUCCACUUCUGUUCAGUUUUGCUGCACUGUUCUUUUUCUGUCUUAAUUUUUUAUUGUGACUUGUUUGGUAAUUUUAAAAUUGUUCAAAAUGGUAGUUUUAAAUAAAGUUUGGACUUGUCUGUAAGUUUUCUCUUUUGAAAAAUUUUCUUAGGCUUACACACUGGUAUGCUGAGGUUGUUGCUGGAAGUUAAUUGACUUGUUGGCAUGCUUGUAGCAGUUUGUUACUUCUUUUAAAACAAACACUGCUAAUUUUCCUGGGACAAGAAGUUCUCCAAGUUUCUUGCAUCUUCUACAAAUACAAGGUCUAGACACAGUACAUACCUCCAUGUUGCCUUUAUAGCCUAGAGUAUAGCUGGUCUGUAACAAAAAAAGUUUCUGUUCAUGGCCUUUGGAUUUCGUUUCUCUCAGCACAUUUAUCUGAGGCGAAAUUGAAUACCUUGGGUUUAUAGUUAACUGCAGAAACCAGCUUUAUUUUUCUGCAUUUGCUGAAUCCUUUUGAUGUUCAAAGGAUUAAGCCGGUCUGAAAAUGUUGGUAUCCUUUCACAGCUGCAAUUGAAAGUCUGUAGAAUCUGUUCCUAAAGUGUUUGACUUUGUAAUGAAAUUUAGGAAACUACAAUUAAGUUCAUGUUUUUAAAAAAUAGUUGAAGUCAGCACUUCCUGGAGUCUCAUGGUAAAGGUGGAAUUAGAAUUACAGAAAAGCAGAUGGGAAAACUUUGUUCAGUUUUUCAGGUCAGAGUUGAUAAUAACACUAAGUCAUAAAACUGAGCUAGAAGUAGCUUAUUCAGCAGACCUGCUGCAUUAUAGAGAUCCUGUUUACCUUAAACACAAGGCUUUUCUGAAAGUAGUUAAAAAGCACUGGUCAUCUUUAAUUCAGGAUUGUGUUGCGUUUGAGGUUAGUAUGAUAAUAUGGCUAUAUACUGUGGGAGACAGUAUAGCGAUGGUGAAGCCUAAAUAUGCUUGAAGUUUAAAUAAAAUGAGAAUGUAAUUCUUCUGUAAUAUUUUUCUAGUUUGUUUGGAGUGUCUCUAGGUUUUAUGAAUAAAUUUUGAAAGGGCA